CUCACACUCUCUCGGUGGCUUAAAUCUGGUAAACCGGUUCACACCCAAAGCUACACACCACGGGCCAGUAGCCAUGGCGGCAUGGUCUGUGCCAUUUCUCGAGUUCCAACUUCUUUCUGGUAAAUGCCUGCCCCCACCAAUUACCAUCUUUCUGCCGCAGACGCACUCAGGCUUGCUCCCUCGGGCAGGCUUGCUCGCUCGAUACCGCGACUUGUUUCGCUCACUAUUGGAGGUGAAGCUCGCUUCCUCCGGCUAUUUUCAGGCAGAUAUGCCUCAUGGGUGAGUGAGGAAGAUAAAGGAAGCUUGUCCCAUCAGAAACCGAGCUGCCAGACAGCAGGGAAUGCUGAAAUAGUGAUCAAACAAAUACCAUUUAUGCUCCGUUUAGAUCUGUCUACAGGACGACAUGGAGUUUUUUCUUCGGAUCCGAAGUUCUUCUUUUAUCCAUCGUUCACUGUUGUGGUUUCCGGUUUGUAUUCUACGCCUCUCUAGAUCCUGCGACCCUAGGCCUACUUUUUUGUCUUUUUUUGAAAUAGAUUUGCAUUGCGUUUUCCUCUGUUUUCAACUGUACUUCGGAUUUACGGUAGGAAAACGGUUUCCGCUUUUCUAUUUUUUCAGAAGGUCUGGAGUUGCGUUGUAUUCGUGAAGAGAUUUGUGCCGCAUUGGAUGAGAUAGUGGGUUUCGCUAUGUUCUUGUAAUGGAGAGCUAGCAUUUUUCUGGAACUGGAAUGCGGUGAUCCGUGUUAGUUAUGGCAGCUGCUUUUUGAAGAUUGCAUUUUAGAGAUGGAGAGUUUACAAGAAGAUGAUUUGAAGGGGAUGAAUGCUUCAGCUGGAGGCCUCGUAUGGGUCCGCCGGCGGAAUGGUUCAUGGUGGCCUGGACGAAUACUGUGCGUUGAUGAACUGGCCAAGUGCUUGCGCACCAAGAAGGCCGGAACACCCGUCAAGCUGCUUGGAAGAGAGGAGGGGACUGUGGACUGGUAUAAUUUGGAGAAGUCUAAGCGUAUUAAAGCAUUUCGCUGUGGGGAGUACGAUGACUGUAUUGCGAGGGCUAAAGCUUCUGCUAUUCGCUCAAACAGGAGAACAGCUGAUUCAGGGAAGUAUGCUCGCAGAGUAGAUGCUAUUCUUCAUGCACUUGAGCUUGAAAAAUGCCAUUUAACCAGUGGGAAUAGCAGCAAGGUCAGUUGUAUCGCUGAAGAUUCGCUUAAACAGAAAAAAAUAAUGUUCAAGAAUAGGAGGGAAAUUGUUUUUACUGCAAGGAAAUCUGGCAAACCCAAAGAAAUCUAUACUCAUGAACUCUCUCACUCUGUUGCAUUAUUUGAACGAUCUGAGCAACCAUUGAACAGUGCCGUACAUAAAAAGAGACGGAAAAAUCCAAAUGAUUCUGAAGAUGAUGGCGAUGAAGGAAUAAGGAGAAUGAAAGAUCUCCAGGACCUAAGUUUGGGGAUGGUAUCAACAGGGAAGCCUAAUGUGCGUGCUAGCAUGAAAGAAACCUGUGCCAAAGGCUCAUCUGGGCGUGCUUCACAAAAUGAACCGGACUUUGAUAACAAUUCAUCUAGUAUUAGCCAUAGAAGCAGCUUUAAAAAUUCUUGUUUAUCGUCUAAAACUACCCGGUUAUUUCAUGUAUGUCAGAACUUAAAGCGGAGAAAUCGCCGGCGGCGGCGACUAACUAAAAUUUGGGUGGGUUCGGACAGUGUUAAGGUAAAUGUUCCAUUAAUCUAUCAGGACAGUGUUAUUACUGGAGAUUUACCUUCUUAUGGAAUCACCAUGAAACGUCUAAAUGAUCUAAAAUCUUCUUCAAAGAAGAAAAAAUUCUCAUUAAUGGAUACUAGUAGUCUUGACUGCUCAGAAAGUUCAUACGAAAGAACCUCACUACAUGCUCAAGAAAAAAAUGGCACUGCAGUUUAUGAUUUAAAUCCUCCCUCUGUGGUGAGGGAUGAUGCUGAUGAUAAUAACCUUUCGAAUGGCUUGGUCAACGUUCCUAUUCUUAUUGGGGAAAGAAAUGUGGAAGGUGUCCUGCCCAUCUGCAAGACUCGUGCAUCAAGAAAAAAUCACUCCUAUUUAUCAGAAAAGCUCUCUGUCCAUUCCGUUCAAGUUUGUAUGGUUUCAAAAGCUGGUGAAGGACUUGUUGAGGCUUCCUCUACAAAUUCUGUAUCUCCUGCUAAUCAUAUCGCCCAGAGAUUAAAGAAGAACAACAUCGGCCUCAAUUCCAAAGUAAGGGGACAUUCUAAAUAUUCAAGUUUAAACAUGAAUCUAAAUUCAGUAAGUUCUGAUGAUGAAGCUGAAAAUGCUUGUGAUGGCUCAUUGACCUCUGAUAUCAGUGAUCAAUCAGUCAGAAGUGGAUCUCUUACAGAACUAAGUAAUUUCCAUGAAGCUCAGACCAUACUGGCUUCAAGUGCCACAGCAAACGAUUUCCCAUGCAUAUACAAGUCUUUGCAGUCCGGCAACAAUCUACAGUGUAGCUACUCAACCUCUAGUGCUCAACUAAAGGGAGCUUUAAGAGAGGUCUUCACCUCCACCAUGCAAGUGCAAGAUUCUGAUAAACGUGAGCAGAGUCUUGUCUCCAUUUCCCCUCGAUGUGCAGUACUGGAACUAUCCAACAGUGCCAGUGUGGCGUCCCUAUAUGAGGUUGAGUUGAAGGUGCAAGCUAACUAUCAUGGUCAGCGAGCACCUCUAGUUUCUCUUGUUAGUAAAUUGGAUGGUAAAGCCAUUGUAGGUCAUGCUAUCGCUGUUGAAAUUUUAGGUGAUGGCUCCAGCGCUGCUUUGCUGAAUAGUAGCAUUAAUUUUCUCAGAAACAGGGUUAAUAUAAUUUGUAAACUGAGCGAAAAGCUUAAUGACCUGAAAAAGUCAGAACUGAGUGUUCAUGAAACAUCUCAUCUUUCAUGUACGAACUCUCCUUUGUUGGAAAGGAGAUCUCUUGUGGGAAGGAAUCUUUCAUGUAAGAACUCUUCUUUGUUGAAAAGGAAACCUCUUUGUGGAAGGAGAUCUGGCUUUUCUCCUAGAAAGAUUCGUAGGUUAUCCUCCAUUACCGUUGAUCUCAACAGCAAGGACAAUGUCAGAGAAAUAAUUGUGGAAAAGGUGGAGCCAUUGUUUGUCUGCUGCAUACCACUCAGAGUUGUUUUUGGCCGGCUGCAUGAAGCACUGGGCUGUUCGUCACAACCAGCUAAGUGAAUAUCUUGUGAUGUUUCUCAUAUCCUCCCUGGACAUAGAAGUCGUAGAUUUUGAACUAGAAGGUUUUUCCUAACAUUGCAGAACGGCCUAUGGUGUAAAGCAUAGAAGUUCUUGUUCAUAAUAGUAUGCAUCCAACUGUAGUGGUAGAUAAUCUUUAGUUGGUUUUGUCAACUGAUCAGCUUGAAGUAACUCUUCUGCUUUGGCCCUUACGGCUAUGUAACAACAUUUAGGGCUAAUGUGCUUCAUUUUUGACAUAGUAUUAGUAGAAAAUAUUGUUUAUGCUCUUUAGCUUUCCUGUUCUUGGUAUGAAUUCAUGUCCUUUGACCUUUUUGUUAUUGGCUUCAACGUUUCAUUCUGCAAGUGUCAAAGGAGUGGUAAUUUUGUGCAUAUACAAAAAUGUCAAUAUAUUGUUCUUUGCUUCCA